UAUAUUUUUAUAUAUUUAUUGCAUUCGUAAGAAUUUUAAACCGAUAAAGACUUGUUCGGUUUUUACAUAUGUCGACAAACGUAUUUUUUAUUGUCAUUUCAAACAAAUUCUUUUUUAAAUAACAUUAAAGAAUUCUUUUAGGAAAACACAAUAAACAAAUUUUAAAAUUCUCUCGCUCUCUCAAAAGAAUUUAAACCUGAAACACGUUACGGUCAAAUUUAAAAUUUUCACAUUUUUCUCUAAAAAUACGUUUUUGUUCCAAUUGGAGUGUUGCCACUGCAUACAAAGAAUUCAAAGACCGCAUAAAACUGCAACGACACGUUCCCAUAAAUUUCAUAUUCUUAUUGAAUCAUAUAAAGAUAUUUUUAGAAACGUAGAAAGAAAAGUUAUGGUGACGAACGACAGGAAUUUGUAAGAGAAUCGGUUUUGUAGUGGUUGUUGAAGUGAAAGCCUUUUAAAAUGAAAAUGGAAAGCAAUUUCUGUGCGUAGUGAAAGCAUAAAACCAACAUUGUUAAAUUAAUUCCGAAAAGGAUACAGUAUCAAAGAAAUGUUUGUGUUAAUAGUUCUUUUGAUAGCUUUAAUAGUGGGAAUUUAUUUUUGGUAUAAAAAUCUAAAAAGCAAAUUUAGAGAUUUGGAUAAGCUACCAGGACCAAAAGAAAAAUUUCUGACAGGAAAUGCAACUGAUUUUGGAUCUGAUGUACAUGAAUUAUUCGAAGCUUCUCAACAAAUGGUAAUGAAAUAUGGACGAUUAGUUCGUGUAUGGCAAGGUCCUUUUCGUUUGAAUUUGUUUGUAACAGAUCCUGAUAAAGUGGAAUAUUUCUUAUCAUCGAAUGUGUUAAUUAAGAAAUCUACUGGGUAUGAUUUGUAUAAGCCGUGGUUGGGGGAAGGAUUAAUUAAUGGAACAGGGGAAGUGUGGAAAAAAUACAGAAAAAUCUUAACUCCAGCAUUCCAUUUAAAAAUCCUAGAUCAAUUUUCAGACGUUUUUCAUAGAAACUUACAAAUUCUUAUUGACAAUCUUAAAAAGGAGUCUGGAAAAACUGUUGAUAUUUGUCCAAUUCUUACUUUAUAUGCAAUGGAUUCUUUGUGUGAAACUUCUAUGGGUAUUAACCAUAAAUAUCAACAUCAUGGCGAUACUUCUUAUAUGAACGCGGUCCAUGCUUUUUUAGAAAUCUAUAUGAGCAGAUUUUUUUCAAUUUUGAAUCGUUUCGAUAUAUUCUUUAGGUUUACUAAAGAUCAUAAAAUAUUAUACGAUUCUGUAAAUUUAAUGCAUAAAAUCACCGAUGAAGUUAUUAAAAAGCGCAAAGAUUUUUUACAAGGCGUUUCUCAAGAGGAGGACGUGGAUGAUAUGGGUAUUAAAAAGAAACGGGUGUUUUUGGAUACUCUUUUAGAACAUCCUGGAUUAACUAAUGAAGAAAUGAGGUGGCAAGUAGAUACAUUCUUGUUUGCUGGUCAUGAUACCGUUGCGUCGGCUAUGGGUUUUGCUUUAUAUACGCUUGCAAAAUAUCCUGAAGUUCAACAAAACAUCUUGGAUGAAAUACAUGAUUUUGUUGGUGAUGAUGUAAACGAAGAAAUUACGCUAAAUAAUUUAAAAGAAAUGGAUUAUCUUGAGAGGGUAAUUAAAGAAGUUCUUAGAUUGUAUCCAACCGUUCCUUUAUACGAACGAGAAAUGACUGAAGAUAUUUCAUUGGAUGGUUUGAGAAUACCGAAGGGAACUACGAUUUCAUUUCAUCCAUAUGCGCAACAUCGAGAUCCCGAACUAUUUCCUUGUCCGGAGAGAUUCGACCCGGAUCGUUUUCUACCGGAAAAUAUCUCCAAAAGACAUCCCUUUGCGUAUAUCCCCUUUAGCGCCGGACCAAGAAAUUGCAUUGGGAUGAAAUAUGCAUUAAUGAACAUCAAAACAACAGUGGCAAAUGUUAUUAGAAAUUUUCAACUGUAUCCAGCAGAAUAUCCUCAUACACCAAAAUUAGGAAAUGAUGCUGUUUUAAAAUCCAUGAAUGGUUUACCGAUUAAGAUUAUUUACAGAAAAUAAAAAUCAUCGAAACUCCUUACAACUAGUACAACAUAUUUUAUGAAUAACUUUUUUUAAAUUAACACUAAACUAUACAUAUGUUCUUUUUACAUGUUAUUUUAUUAAAUGUAAAUUAAUCGUAAUUUACCCCUUGUAGUGUAUAUCAACAAUAAAGAGCAAUUUACAUGAUUAAUCACCAGAAGCA